AUGCCUCCGCCUCAAAUUAAACAAGACCUGAACCGGUCGGGCUGGGAGUCCACCGACUUCCCUUCAGUUUGCGAGAAUUGCCUUCCCGACAAUCCUUAUGUUCAGAUGCUCAAGGAGGACUAUGGCGCUGAAUGUAAAAUUUGUACACGUCCCUUUACCAUAUUUCGCUGGAAGGCAGACCGAACGGCACGUACCAAGCGAACCACCAUCUGCCUCACUUGCGCGCGCCUGAAGAAUUGCUGCCAGUGCUGUAUGCUUGAUCUAUCAUUUGGUCUCCCGAUCGUUGUCCGCGAUGCUGCCUUGAAGAUGGUCGCUCCCGGCCCGGAGAGCUCAAUCAACCGCGAAUACUACGCACAGGAACACGAGAAAGAGAUCGAGGAAGGUCGUGGGGCGGUCGAAGCGUACGAGAAGACAGAUGAGAAGGCGCGCGAGCUGUUGCGCAGAUUGGCAAACAGCGAACCGUACUACAGAAAACCACGGCAGCAACUCGAAGGUCCAUCCGAGGAAUCGACUGAGGCACAACCCACCGACGCUCCAGUCGUACACAGCCGCUAUGGAAACGGACCUGGCCCUAUUCGGACGAGCGAGAGCAGAAGAGGAACACCGCUGCCUGGUCGAGGCCGUGGCAAUAUGCGCGGUGGUCGCGCUGGCCGCCCGUUUCCUGGCACUGCUCAGAUACCCCCAUCUCCCGAAGAUUACCUGCCUCCUGCGGACCCGAAUAUCACAUCCCUGUUCGUGACCGGUGUUGAGGACGACCUUCCGGAACACACACUCCGAACAUUCUUCACACAGUUCGGUCAGCUGCGGUCUUUGAUCUGUUCACACCGCGCUCAUUGUGCUUUCAUCAACUUUGCGACUCGAGAGGGCGCAGAAGCCGCUGCACAGCAUUGCCAAGGCAAGGCCGUUAUUCAGGGAUGUCCGCUGCGGGUGCGGUGGGGUAAGCCCAAGCCUCUGGACAACAUUGACAGGGAGGAGCGGAUGAAGAAUGCUCGUGAGGGUCGCAUGACGGCCCAGGCACAAAAGGGUGGAGAGUCAGGACAGAGAGCAAUCACAGCUGCUGGUGAACCUACGACAGAGAAGCCACGCAGCUUGCUUGUGGCACCACCCCCAGGUAGUGGGGAGGUCCAGUACUCGAGCUUAUCGGGCGAUUGA